AUUGCCAAAAAUAGGUUAAAAAAAGAGAUUUAAAUGAAUUUUGGGACAAGUUUUCAAAAGAAAGACUUUUAGGACAAUUUGGGUGUGAAUAGACAAAAAUGCCCUUCAUUAAAUUUCUAUCGCUCUCUAUUGAUUGUUUCGCCUACCCACGUUCGCUUUCCCUUCUCUUUCGCAUAGAACACCUGAAGUAAAAAAAAAAAAAACAUCUCCUUUCUUUGGCUUUUCAAAUUUCCCGCUCUGCUCUUCGAAGAUACUCCGACUGUUCGUCUGUCGUCGGUCCUCCAGUGCAUUUCGUCGCUUCUCCUUUUCGAACCUAAGAAUCAACUUUGAGCGUGUUCUCUUAUUUCAGUGAGUUUUAUCUGUAACCCAUUUUCAAUAUAUUUGCUUUUUCUUGGCUUGAAUCAUGACAUCGACUUCAACAUCGACCGACGGACCCUUCUACAAGAUUAAUCCUUCCCAUCAUUUUUAUUCCCUAGUAAGCUGUUUGUCUCAUUUGGAAAAGACAACACAUAAUAUUAAGGCCAAACUCAAACCCGAUCAAUUAGCCUUAUUUAGGAAAACAAAGUUUGGGCACUUUUUGGACCUAAAUAUUGUCUUCAAUGGGCCACUCAUCCACUACUUACUGUUAAGGGAGGUGGAAGAUGAAGGAAAGGAUUCUAUAAGUUUCCUACUAGGGGGCGUUGUUUGUACUUUCGGUAGGAGAGAGUUUAACAUCGUAACUGGACUAUGGGGUCCUAAAGAGGACUAUAUUCAGUUGGGUGGGAACAGUCGACUGUUGGAGAAGUUUUUCAAAGACAAGGACUGUGUUUACGUUAGCGACUUAGAAGAUAUAUUUUUGGAAUACGAGGGUGAUGACGAUGAUAUCGUCAAAUUAGCUUUAGUCUACUUUAUAGAGAUAUCUUUGUUGGGAAAAGAUAGGCGAACCAAAGUGGACAUUGGUUUUUUGAAGAUUGCUGAUGAUUGGAAUUCAUUUAAUAAUUAUGAUUGGGGUCGGAUUGUUUUUGUACGCACGCUAAGUGCAUUGAAAAGAGCCUUGGACAAGCAAUAUGCCAAGGGAAAGAAGAAAUCAACACAGACAAAAAAAUAUACUAUCAAUGGAUUUCCGCAUGCAUUACAGGUUUGGGCAUAUGAGUCUAUACCAACCAUCAUUGGAUGUGGUGUAGAUAAAGUAAACGAUCAUGCCAUACCACGAAUGCUGAGGUGGGUGUGCCAACAAUCACCAAAGUCCCAAACUAUAAGCCAGGUGUUUGACUCGCCAAUGUUUAUAAUUAAGGCGGUCAUUGAGAUGACACCUGAAGAGGAGCAAUUGAAAAUUGCUUCAGGUGAACUUUUUGAAAACUUCCGCUCAUCUACCAUUAUUCAGUCGAAGAAUGGUGGUUCAAAAAGAGUACGAGAAGUUGUUAACGAUGAAGAUGAGUUGAAAAAGAGUAAGAAACAGAAGUCCAAGAUUAAGAUGAAAAAGGCUAUUCGAAAUCUCCAAGAUCGAGUAGCGGUUGUUGAAGGCCAACUUAAUACUAUAAAAUCCGAUAUUGACGAAUUGAAGGGCCUGAUGUCAACCAUAUUGAAGCACAUUGGACUUCAAAGAAAGGGUGACGAAGGGGACCACAAGGUGUCCGAAGGCUUGGAGGAUGAACACAUUGAAGUUAAAAAGAAGGGUGACGAAGAUGUGUUGGAGAAGAAGGUUGAUAUUGGUUUAGAGGAGCCAAUAGAUGUCGUUGACGAUGAGGACGUCAUAGAGAUAGAACCAUUUCUCACUCAACGACCACACGUUCGGCCCGCCCGUAGGAAGCGUGCAAGUGUUUACCUAUCAACCCCAUUCACAACUCUACCUAAACGGUCUCUGACAUCAACCACCAGCACCUCUGAGUCUGAAGCAAUUGUUUAUGAUCCUAUGCACAAAAUACUUGACGUCCAUUUAGAUAGACUUCGAGCGUGGAUUACAGACAAGCGUACAGACGAUGAGCUGCGUGAAACCUUUCAUGGGAAAAAAUCGAAGGCUUUUUUCAGAGACUUGUUUAUGUGUCGCCGGUGGUUGUCGGAUGAGCAUUUGGAUGCACUUUUUCUUUUCAUUCGCUUGAAGAUUAAGGCAGCCGGGAUACCUUCUUCUCAGAACUUCACAACUGCGGACACAAUCUUUAUGCGCAUUUUAGUUUCGAAGUGGCCCCUAUACAAAGAAUGUAUUAAAGAGAAUCGCCCGUUUGACUGGGACGAAGAGUAUAGGUUGGUUGACUAUGUUGUCGGGUCAAAAGUGGACUUCCAAGAUCCUUGGGCAAGUGUUGAUUACGUUUACUCUCCAUUCAAUGUCCAUGGCAACCAUUGGGUUCUAUUAUGCUUGGAUUUGGUAAGUUGUCAAGUGAAGGUAUGGGAUUCGCUUCCGUCACUUACAACUGCCGAAGAGAUGACAAACAUAUUACUGCCCAUUCGACAGUUGGUGCCAAAGUUGUUAGAUAGUACUGGCUUCUUUGAUAGGAGAGGUAGAUCAUCGACAUACAAGGAACCUUGGCCAGUUGUCAUUGUUGACCCAAUUCCACUUCAACGAAAUAAUUGUGAUUGUGGCGUAUUCGCAAUUAAGUAUUUUGAGUACAUAGCUGCUGGUGUUGGUUUAGAUACAUUAUGUCAAGAAAACAUGUCAUACUUUAGAAAACAAUUAGCAUUUCAAGUAUGGACCAACCAACACUCCUAUGUAUUGAAAUAUUAACAUAAAUCACAAGUAUCAAUUGGCUGUUC